AUGCCGCCUAAAGGUGCAAGAGCAUCAACAUCGGCUGCCGCCAAGUCUCGCAGCUCUGCAUCGACACCCGCUUCCACUUCAAAACAGUCGCCAUUGUCAACACUAUACAACUCUUACGUUGACAACACACCAAAGCGCUUGAAAGUCAUCGAUGCGUUUCUGGUCUUCUUGAUGCUUUCGGGCAUCAUCCAAUUUAUCUACUGCGCUCUCAUCACCAACUUUCCUUUCAACUCUUUCAUUGCUGGUUUCGCAUCGACGGUGGGCCAAUUCGUUCUCGCCGCCUCUCUCCGUAUCCAGGCGAACCCGGAGAAUGGCAAGACCUUCCCCGCAGUCUCACCAGAAAGGGCCUUCGGCGACUUUCUCUUUGGCUCGGUGAUACUUCAUUUCUUCGUGUUCAACUUCCUAGGCUAA